AUGUCGUCAACCGAAUUACCUCGCAUUAGGGCCUGUCUUUUUGACAUGGACGGUCUUCUGCUCAACACAGAAGACAUUUACACGACCAUCACAAACUCUGUUCUCCAAGAAUAUGGCAAGCCUAACAUGCCCUGGUCACUCAAAGCCCAGAUCCAAGGCCGACCUGCUCCUGAAGCCGUCAAAAUCUUCCAUGACUGGGCAGAUCUACCCAUCUCACAAGAUGAGUACGCUGCCAAAAUAGCUGUCAAGCAACAAAAGUUAUUCCCUGAAGCAGCUCCCUUGCCUGGUGUUGUCAAGUUGCUUAAUGAUCUUCAUGCCACUACCAACACCUCUCAGCCGGUUUACAUUGCCUUGGCAACCUCAUCCCACAAACGCAACUAUGAGCUCAAGACCGGUCAUGUGCAGGAUCUUUUUGCUCUAUUCCCGAAGAACAGACAGGUUCUGGGCGACGAUCCGCGUAUUGGCAAAGGGCGCGGAAAGCCACUGCCGGAUAUUUACUUGCUUGCCCUCGAGACCAUUAACCAGGAACUCCGCGAGAAGGGAGAAGAGCUUAUCAAGCCAGAGGAAUGUCUCGUCUUUGAAGAUGCCGUCCCCGGUGUUGAAGCUGGUCGUCGUGCGGGUAUGCAGGUUAUCUGGUGCCCUCAGCCACAAAUACUAGAUGUGUACAAGGGGCGAGAGGAGGAGGUUCUUGCAGGUCUGACCGGGGAACACAAGGAGGAAGAAAAGACGGAUGCUGAAAAGGAAGCGGAUGACCUGCAAAAGGAGCGAUUGGCAAAGACUGAUGGGUCUGGAAAGCCUGGAAAGUUGAAUGAUGGGUAUGGUCGGCUAUUUUCUACGCUGGAAAACUUUCCGUAUGAGCAGUAUGGCAUUGUCAUUCCAUCAUAA